ACAGAGGAGGCUGUGUGAGAGGACACUGCUUUGUUCAACAGUAGGGGAGGAGGGAGGGAGGCUUUGCCUGAAUCGGUGAACACAAUCUGCCAGGGCGGGCAAUCCCGUCGCUAUCUCUGUCAAACUGUGUCAGCAACGUCUCUGUCACACAUCUGGCUUUCCUGGACGCCUCGGACUUGUACGCAGGGAUGUCAAAGCGAGUCCGGAGCAGAGAGGUCUGCGCGGACUGCAGCGCUGCGGAGCCCCGCUGGGCCUCUGUUAACAGGGGGGUGUUGGUCUGCGAUGAGUGCUGCAGCAUCCACCGAGGUCUGGGGCGACACAGCUCUCAGGUCCGACAUCUGACGCAUUCUCCGUGGCCCCCCUCCCAGUUACAGAUGGUUCAGACACUUUAUGGCAAUGGUGCUAAUUCCAUAUGGGAGCACAGCCUUCUGGACCCGUCUUCUUCUUCAUUGAGUGGGAAACGCAAAGCCAACCCCCAGGACAGAGUUCAUCCCAACAAGACAGAGUUCAUCAAAGCCAAAUAUCAGAUGUUGGUGUAUGUCCAUCGGAUGCCGUGUCGGGAGGAUGACAGUGUUACCGCAAAGGACCUCAGCAAGCAACUCCACUCCAGUGUUCGGACCGGAAACCUGGAGACCUGCCUCAGACUCUUAUCUUUGGGAGCACAGGCCAACUUCUUCCAUCCAGAGAAAGGAAACACUCCUCUGCACAUAGCAGCAAAAGCAGGACAAGUGUUGCAAGCAGAACUUUUGGCAGUUUAUGGAGCGGAUCCCGGGGCUCUGGACUCCAGUGGAAAGACCCCGAUCGAUUACGCGAGACAAGCUGGGCAUCAGGAUCUGGCAGACAGGCUGGUGGAGAUCCAGUAUGAGCUCACCGACCGCUUAACCUUUUACCUUUGUGGACGAAGACCAGAUCACAGAAAUGGACAACACUUCAUCAUUCCUCAGAUGGCAGACAGCAGCCUGGAUUUGUCAGAGUUUGCUAAAGCUGCCAAGAAGAAGCUCCAGUCGCUGAGUAACCAUCAGUUUGAAGAACUUGCCAUGGAUGUUUACGAUGAAGUCGACAGAAGAGAAACCGAUGCAGUGUGGCUGGCCACUCAGAACCACAGCACUCUGGUAACCGACACCACAGUUGUGCCUUUUCUGCCCGUCAAUCCAGAUUACUCCUCCACCAGAAACCAGGGUCGUCAGAAAUUGGCAAGAUUUAGUGCCCAUGAGUUUGCCACCCUGGUUAUCGACAUUCUCACUGAUGCUAAACGACGGCAGUGGGGUAAUUCAUGCGACAGUCCCAAAGAGAGCGUGGAGCUGAUCCUUCAGGGAAUAGACAGUCGCCACAACAGUGAUAGCCAGGACAAUGACCAGCCCGAUUACGACAGCGUGGCCUCAGAUGAAGAACCGGUGCAAGAGGCCACUUGUGGAGACGGCUGCAAUGACGGAAGGACCAAGAGCUCGGAGUCAUCUGACCUCUCUGAUGGACCAAUCACAGUGCAGGAAUUCAUGGAGGUGAAGAGUGCCCUGACUGCAUCAGAAGCCAAAAUACAACAACUUCUUAAAGUCAACUGUCACCUCAGUGAAGAGCUGCGUAGCAUGCAGGGCCAGCUGAACUCCCUGCAGACUGAAAACACAACGCUGCGAUGGCAACCCCCCAGCGGACAACAACCCCUCCAGGGGCCCUUUGGUCGACACCCGCCCCGCGGAGGUCGAGCCAUGUCCAUGUACGAGACGGGCUCUUCCCCGAGGCAGCACCCCCACCGGGUCGAAGCGGCUCGCCAUGAUGAUGGAGUCGUACUGCAACCCUUCCCGACCAAUAUGGGGAGGGGUCCUUUGGGGACGGCCGCUUCCUCCCUCCCUACAUUCCCCUCUUCCCUGUCCUGGUCGUGGGACGAGCGAUCUCGAAGGGGCUGCAGUCUGGAAGGACGGAGCAUGAUGCUGGAGAGCGAUUACGACACCUCGCCAAGCCACUCUGAACUGGAGGAGGCAGGCAGCCCUCUUCCAGCCUCUGAAGCAGUGCAGCUGGGGGAGGAGGGGGAGGAAGAUGCCGCCCUGCCAUGCACAGAGGACGUCAUCUGUAAGACGGAGCAGAUCACUAAGAACAUACAGGAGCUCCUGAGAGCCGCCCAGGAGACCAAGCACGAAAGCUUCCUGCCUUGUUCACAAAAGAUCUGCGUGGCUGUGAUGGAGAUGGCCGCCCUGUUUCCGAAGAGGCCGUCCUCGGAGACGGUGCGGGGGUCUCUGUGUCUGCUCACUUCGAGUGCCGGCCGGCUCCACGGAGAGUGCCAGAAGGCGGCGGAGCACAACCCCAGUGCGUCGGACACCCAGCUGGUCACUCAGCAGGUCAUCCAGUGCGCCUACGACAUUGCCAAAGCUGCCAAGCAACUUGUCACUGUGACAACCAAAGAAAACAACAACUAACUAAAACCUGAAGACAAUCCUGACGCACUCAAAAUAGUUCAUCGAAUAAGUUGCUCGUUUCAAUUUAGUCAGCGUUGACACCCAUUUCUCCCCCGUGUGAGUCGGUGUAAGCAUUCCGGUACAUUCCUGAAGAAAAGAUAUAAAAGAAGAAGUGACAUGCAUACAGAUAAAACAAACAUCUUAAAGCCAUAAGACAGAAUGUUACUGUUACUUACCAGACAGAAAAUAACAGUUCACAACUCCAGUGUGCAUCGGAAAAUUCUAACAGCGAGCUAUCGAGCCUUCUCGUUGUACUCUUCCACGUAGAUGUCGUCAUUUGAGCUCCUCGAGGUCUCUGGCGAGCCAGAGGGGACAGAAGUUGCGAGACACCUGGCAUCAAGGGUCAUAAUAGAUUAACCGUGACCUACAGCAGUGUCAUCGCUUUAUCUUCCUUUAGGCAUUUAAAAUGUAUUUAACAUGCAAUGACAGUAUUUUACUCUUGAACCAUAGUUAUGCCACUUGCUUAAAGUUCAGGUGUUUGUUUCGUGAGUGAACUGGUUCUUAGAGUCUCGUCAUUCCAUCCAGCAGGUGAUGUCACUGUUCUGUCAAGUAUUGUAGUUUCUGGAGUUUCUAAUGUUACAGCCGUACUUCUGAUAGUGCGUGUGUGUAUGUGUGUGUGUGUGUGUGUGUGUGUGGGCGCAGUUGUCACAGAGACGGCCUCGAUGCCCCGUGUGAAAUCCAUUUUGAAUCAAUUUUCAAAAAUCAUUAUGCAAAUAUAUAAGAUGUACGUAUCCAUAUAAUUCUUUACCAAAAUAACCCAAAUGCUAUUCUAUUUAUAAACUAUGUCAUACCUCAAAGAAAAUAUCAAUGUUUAUUUUCAUAAACCUUGAGUUGAACGUGAUGCCUCACAGACGAACUUCUCCUCUGAGGUCUGGGACGUCUCAGUUGGCCGUAAGUUCUGGGCAACUUGUGAUCUGUGUUUAUUUGGUGCGGUGCUGUGACUCCCGUGUGUUAGAUGCUACCUGUGAUCACAUACGUACAGCUGUGGUUUACAUUCGCUGAUUAAGUAAACGUGCGAUAAAAGUGUGAGUACCUGUUGUACAACGCGCUCUAAUGUGUCGCCUGUUGUUGUGAGCCGGAUACGUUUCAACCAGGGGUGGAAAGAGAACCCGGAAAGUAUAUUCUCUAAGUAAUUCCUCACAUUAAAAUAAAAUACAAUACCCUUUCUCAGAAGGCUGCUGAGGCCAUCGGCACAGUGCAUCAUAGACGGGUAUUAAAAUGUCCUAAAAUCCUCUUCAGUACAGGUUAUUACACCGUCAUUACCUUCUGGAAAUGUAAAGUCUAAAAGUAUUUUUGAGUGACCAUCAAGGUCGACUCACUAGCUUGUUUAAUGACUGAAGCUACAUUGUACAGUUUGCUUUUGUUUUGUGUCUUUAUUUACUUUUUUUCCAACUUAUUCCAUUUGUUACAUGUAUUUUCUUCUUUUUCAUUGGCCUGAUCAGAGAACUAUGAAGACCGUUUUGGGUUUAGCCACCAAAUACUUUCAUUUGACUUGUUUUGCACUGAUGUACUUUUUUGCAAACUAUGUAACCUUUCAGUAACUCUGUAAUGUCCAUUAUAUUAUACUUUAACAUCCAUCGUGUUAACAUUGGCCACCGGAAGUGCUCCAACCAGAUCAAAGAAAGGCGGCUUGUGGACAACUUCUGCCUGAAACGGAUCAAACAAUGUGAUAGCUUAGGAGUUGAGCCUUUUUUAAUUGGAAGAAGAAUAGUUUAUUUCUUGCUUUUAAAUGUUUAUUUCAAAGCAGAUAUGAUGAUUUGGCCAUCGGCAAGUGACCCACAACACUUCAUAACAAUUCCCUUCAGAGGAAAGUCGAGUGAACCGGCGUUGUAUCCGGUUACUUUCCACCUCUGGUUUCAACCUGUCAUUGAAUAAUUCCCUGUAACGUAAAGCCUCCCGCUGCCUCUGUGCUCCACGACCACCCUGCCUUAGGUUUAAUAAAGUAUAAAGCAUACCUCAACCA